CUCCCUUGAAUGCAGUGUGGUAGAGCUGCUGACAUUUGGGGAGAUAAGCAAAGCAAGAAGAUCUCGAAGAAGUAGAUAAAACUUCUUUAGCAUAGGUUUUCUGGAAGAAAAAUCCUUCACCAUGGCAAGCAAACGGAAGUCCACGAUUCCAUGUAUGGUUCCUGCCAGUGAGACCCUGGAUGAGGAGCCAGAUCUGGAUGUGAUUGCAGAUAUAGAUGAUGACCUCACUCCAGAUAUUUCUGAUGAGAGCUUGACAACAGAAGGUGUCAUAGUGGAUGAUGAAGGUAGUCCAGAAAAGGAAGUGCAGGAUGCUCAACAGACGAAGAAGUUGGAGGGAGGCUAUGAAUGUAAAUACUGUACUUUUGAAACCCAGGACUUAAAUGAGUUUACAGUGCAUGUUGACUCAAAGCAUCCAAAUGUUAUUCUCAAUCCAUCGUACUUCUGUGUGGAAUGUAACUUUACAACCAAAAGAUAUGAUGCUCUUACUGACCAUAAUACCAGAUGUCAUUCAGGUGAACUAAAUUUUAAGCUCAAAAUGGUAAAACACAACAAUCAAACCAUCUUUGAGCAGACUGUUGAGGAAUCUUAUGGUGAUGGUGUCUCUCAAAAUGAAGAAUUUGCAGAAAACUCUGAUGCCCCUCCAACAGGAAUCUCUAUAAGUAAGACCCCAAUUAUGAAGAUGAUGAAGAGUCGAACCGAGACCAAAAGAAUCUCUGUAUCUCCCAGUUUGGUAGAUGAAUAUGCUGCGGGGGAAGAAAUUGACGAAGAUUUGAUGGCCUGUAAUUCAUUCAUAGAAUCUAAUAACGGUGGGAUCUGCAUUACCCAGGAAGCAAAUGGGACAAUAAUUGAUUCAGUAUCAAUGCUGCCAGCAGGAAUUACACAAGUCGUACCAUUUAUGCAAUCAUCGAAUUCUAAUUUUGUUCCAAAAGUCAUGAUUCCUGUAAACAGCAUUCCUACUUACAACACUAAUAUGGAUUCAAAUACUCACCUAGUCAAUUCGUUCAAUAAAUUCCCUUAUCCCACACAAUCAGAAGUUACAACACUAAAAACUCAGACAAAAUAUGCAGAGGAACAGAUUAAGAUCUGGUUCACUGCCCAGCGCCUCAAGCAUGGCAUCAGCUGGACUCCAGAGGAGGUGGAAGAUGCCAAAAAGAAACUAUUUAAUGGUACCGUGCACACUGUACCACAAACAAUAACUGUAAUACCAGCACAGAUUUCAACUGCUGCUAAUGGAUUACAGCAGAUUCUUCAGCCCUGUCAGAUAGUUGGCCAGUCAGGUAUUGUCUUAACGCAGGUAGCCAAUUCAAAUGCAGCAGCUAAAAAUUCUUCUGUUACUGUGACAAUAGCAGGUAUUUCGAACCAAACCCAGUGGCAAAAACGCAAAAUUCAGGAGAGUGAUACAGGUCCAGAGGCAAAGCGGUCCAAUAAUGUCCAGAUUUCACAGCUUACUUCACAAGGAAAUUCUGUUCCAUCUCUCGCUGAUCCAUAUGGUGUUCGUCUCAAAAAGACAAAAGAACAGUUGAGCGAAUUAAAAGCAAGCUUCACUAGAAAUGCAUUUCCAAAUGACUCUGAGAUUGCUAGAAUUAUGCAGGAAACGGGCCUGUCAAGAGGUGACAUUAAGAAGUGGUUCAGUGACACAAGAUACAACCACAGGAAUUCUAGAUGUAGUCAAAACUUCAAUGUUGCUGAAGUCAGCAGUACUAUAAUUGUAGACUCAGGUGAUGAAACUACACCUGAAUUCCCUGCAGUAAGUCAACAGCGCAAACAUGGGUGGAACGCAUUCCCAGAUUUUACUCCACAAAAGUUCAAAGAGAAAACUGUGGAACAGCUUCAGCUCCUUGAAGAAAGCUUUCUCUUCAGUCCCUUUCCAAGUGACGAGGAGGUUAACCGGCUAAGGGUCGACUCGAAACUUACCAGAAGGGAGAUUGAUGUCUGGUUUUGUGAGAGGAGAAAGAAUAAAGAAUUAGAAGCUAAAGCUGAGGAAAAUGGAAAAAACAAUGUCAAAUACAAAGAUUCAGAAGGACAUGGGACACGUACAAAGUCACCUUAUGGGCAAAUGCAUACUACAUCUUUGGCGAGUGGGCUAGCAAUACCGAGAGUAAUGGCAGCUGCAACUAAUAGGCUUUAUAAGAAGACUCCAGAGCAGCUGCAUAUCCUUAAAAGUGCAUUUGUCCGUACACAAUGGCCAGCCCCAGAGGUAUAUGACCGAUUAGCAGCUGAAAGUGGACUGGCCAGAACUGACAUAGUAAGUUGGUUUGGAGAUACUAGAUAUGCCUGGAAAAACGGUAAUUUGAAAUGGUACUAUUACUAUCAAAGUGGUAAUGUGGAGAGUCAAAAUGGACAAACUUCAACUUCAUCCAAAAAGAGUAAAGGUAGAGGGAGAUCACGAGGUAGACCAAGAGGACGAGGGCGAGGCAGGUCCAGAGGAGGUGGAAGGUCAAGCAACUGGAGUGCAACAGUGUCAACUAGCAAAGUGUCUGCAGGGCGUGCUAGUUCAGGGAAAACUGUUCUUGAAGAUUACUGUUUGAAACACAAAUAUUUAAAUGAAGAGGAUCUUGAUGACCUUGUUUCGAGAUCUUGCAUGAGUUAUGAAAGCAUCAGGGAGUGGUUUGUACAAAGGCAAACGGAAGGUAGCUUUUCAGAAAGCAAUAACUCAGAUGGGCAAUACCCUGGGGAUGAUGAGAAAAAUGAACAACUUGAAGAUGAUGAAGACUGGGCUGGGGAAGAAAAUGCUCGCCAGGAGGAUGAGGAGGAUGCCUCAGAUGCAAGUGGGAGCAAUGAUGUAUGGAAGCCACCUUCACAAAGAAAAAAUGAAGUGAAUGAACCAGAGGCUGGCCACACUUCUGCAGAGAAUUCCAACAUAAAGCAAGCUGGAAAUUUAUCUCCAUAGAGGACAAAUGGGUCAAAGAAUUCAAAACCGAGAAUCGGCUAUGGAUAUCCUCAGUGAGCUGCAAGAUUACUUCCCAGAAAGAAAUAUCUAUGUGCUCAGUAUGAGAGGCUUUUUUUUAAUUUCAAUAGUGCCAAAGUUUUAAUACUACAGUUGGAAGGAUCAUUGUACAUAAGUGAUUGUUUUGAAACUACAUUGUAUAGUUUGGGAUUUUAAUACAUUUCUACUCUGAGGUUUGAUUUUGGAGAUCUGUCUUUGAGUACGUUCUCUUUAAUUUUUUUAGGUUUUAGUGACUAGUUUUUUUGUCUAUCUUCACAUAAUCGUUACAUUAUGCAAAUAGUUUGGCUCAGUGUGAUUAUCAACAGCUACAACAAGCUUUGAGCAAUUAAGCAACAUUCAGCAUUAGUUUAAACUAAACAUUCAUCAGUAAAGAAAUGUAAACUGAUUUAUUGUUUGUGAUUUAAUUAUGCAUGAUGCUUUUUGUCUAUGCUUCUGAAAUUUUGUCUGUUCAACUUUAUGCUUUUACGCAUUGCCCUGAAUUACUCUUAGAUAUAUAAUAUAUAUUAUAUAUAUAAUAUAUAUGACAUACUAGCAGUAUAUUGUAGAGGUUAGUGCGUUUGGCAAUAAUGUCAGUCAGAAUCAUAUUUUUCCCAAAUACUUCUAAAGCCAUAUUUCCAAGUGCUAGUACUUUUCAAUAUGUUCUGCAAGUCAUUUCAUAUGCUGAAAUUAGAAAAGUGCUGCUUCUAUGUAUACAGUACUGCAUUUAUAUAGUAUUUAAGUAUUGUAAGCAUUCUGAAUAAAAGGGUUGCAAGCUGUGGUUUGAAUAAAUUGAUAUCCAGUUCUAAUUUUUCACACUAUUUAUUAUACUUUUGAGUUUAGGGUACUGAGAGAUGUAACCUCCAUGUUGAUUGAUAAUACCUUAUUUUUUGUAAUUAGCGGUUCAGUCAUAAUUAUUUGCAUUGAGGUUGGUUUACUUAUUGAAAAUCAUUACCAUUUGCUCUCCUUUCAGUUCAGGAAUUUUGAUUUUUAUGCCUUUUGAGAGUAAAGAUGACAUUUAUAAAGCUCUGUUGGAAAUGUAAGACAGUUUACAUGUACCUGGUUUAAGACAAUUCUGCAAUUAUUGGGUUUUAUAGAAAACAUUGAUCUCUUUACAAUUUUGAAUCACAUUUAGAGUAACAGCUGGUGAAGUAUGCAUUUGUAUAAUGUAAGUAAAAACUAUUUGCAUAAACUCUUCAAAGAUUGAUCAUUACUAACUAAAGCUCUACUAGUUAUCUAUUAUUUUUGGCAUUCCACGCACCAAAAUACUAUAAUUGAGUACCUGCUCUGCUAAUUCACAAAAGCAGAUUUGAAUUUUUUUUUCCUUCAAUGUCUUAAUAUUCAGUGGGAAUCCUGAAAAUCAUGCCUUGUCUAAACUUAAAUAUUUAAUACAAUCAAUCGUCUCAGCCUUGCUUUCAAAUGAAAAACUGAUCUCUGAAUGGUAUCUUAAUUUCUAACUUUAGCCAUGAACCAUGUUUUUUAAUUUCAUUAUAACACUAGCAGAAAAUGGAUGUUUCUCAGCUUUCCAAACAUUUCUUGGAAAAUGGUAGCCUGCUUGUAGACAUAUCCAUGCUGAUUUUGCCUUGAGUCAAUGUAACCUUUGGUUUGGGCAGAGUGAUAGCUACCGAAAGGUUAAAGAUUGGUAUUUUUUUAAAAAAAAUGUUAGUUGUCAUUCAAGUCACAAACCAUCAUUUUAAUGGGACCAAGCAUUUUUUAUUAUAUGGAGCUGAAAAUAUAAAAUCCCUACACCCCAAGUGAUAAUCGUGACAGAAAAUACAAUAGAGAAAAUAGUUGAAGCCUUAAUAUACAUAUUUUGAUGGCCUGUGUUUUUUUCAGGAAACAUGAGGUCCAAUUCGGACUUUACUGAGUAACACAGAGGCAUGGGAUGCAAUUAGUUACUGAUCUCCAUCACUGCUCUUCUGGAGGUCGUGAAUGGGAUUCGAUUUGAAUAGAGUGCAGUGAAGAUGAAUCGGUAGUGAGUUGUGGUGGGGGGUGAGAGGAACAGGAAGCAGGCAGUGUCCAUAAUAAAUCACUGGCUUAACCUUCAAAAAGCUUAAAUUAAAAAUGCCUCCAUGAUCUUUUUAACCUAUAUUUAGGUUUGCACUGCUGUUUCUUUUGUCAAAGCACCUGUCUGUAGGGUCCUGUGAAUGGAUUUUUAUAAACAAAACCGUGAGAUCUAAAAUUCAAUGUGAACAUCCAACGUGAUGUCACAUCAGCCAGCAAUAGUGCCAUUUUAGGAGCUUUCCAAUACAUUAACCUUUAAAGUGCUGUUGAUGGGGUCAACAAAGAUUUUAUGUAGGCUUAUUUCUGAAUUAUUGUAUCUGUUGUACUGCUGCAGAUAAAUAUGCCAUCUGUUUGGUUCUCUAGUGUAAUUCUGUCUUGAAGUUUUAAUGCUUUGUAGAUUUAAGAAAUCCUUUUCCGUUGACUAAGAUGAUUGUAUGUUUCAAAAUAAACAUUCAUUCUGUGA